GCCGCCGCUCCGCGAUGUGCGCGGCCGUGUCCGGCGGCGGCGGGCGGGCGGCCCGGAGGCUCGGCAGGGCCGGGGGGGCGGCCGGAGUGAGCGGGGGCUGCGGCCCGGCCGCCCCCCCGAGGCGCAGCGGGAGGAGGAGGAGGAGCGUCAGCAUCGCCUACGAGUGCGGGCAGGGGGCUGGCAGCGGGCGGGGGGCGGCGGAGCCCCAGGGACCCCGCUGGGAGCCGCGGGACUGGCGGCUGCAGCUGGAGCGUAUCCGGGAAAUGAGGAGCCACAGGGAUGCUCCCGUGGAUGCGAUGGGAGUGGAGAAGUGUUACGACAGCAGUGCCCCUCCCCAGGUUAUGCGCUACCAGGUGCUGCUGUCACUGAUGCUCUCCAGCCAGACCAAGGACCAGGUGACCUGGGGGGCCAUGCGGCGCCUGCGGCAGCGCGGCCUCACCGUUGACACCAUCCUGCAGAUGGAGGAUGCCACGCUGGGGCAGAUCAUUUAUCCCGUGGGAUUCUGGAGGAACAAGGUGAAGUACAUAAAGCAGACAACAGCCAUCCUGAAGGAGAAAUAUGGGGGUGACAUCCCAAGGACAGUGGAGGAGCUGGUGCAGCUGCCGGGAGUCGGGCCCAAAAUGGCCCACUUGGCCAUGAACAUCGCCUGGGACAGUGUGUCUGGGAUAGCUGUGGACACCCAUGUGCACAGGAUCACAAACAGGCUGAAGUGGGUGAAGAAGGAGACCAGGUACCCUGAGGAGACUCGGGUAGCACUGGAGGACUGGCUGCCCAGGGAUCUCUGGAGGGAGAUAAAUUGGCUCUUGGUGGGCUUUGGCCAGCAGACCUGCCUGCCUGUGAAUCCUCGCUGCAACGAGUGCCUCAACCAGGACAUUUGCCCAGCUGCUAAGAGAUGCUGAGGGCUCCUCCGGCCUCGGCAGAGCAGCCAGCCCAGCUGCUGGGGCCCGGCAGCCGCCCGGAGCCCCUCCUGGGGAACGGGAGCCUCCUGCGGGCAGCCCAGCAGCGCUGGGGAGGCACCAGUGCCCGAGCUGUGCGCGGGGAAAAGGGCCUUCCCUGCUGCCCCGCGUCCCUGCUGCCCCGCGCUGCCCGCUCCAGCCCCCGGGAGCGCCCGAGCACAGCCCGGAGAAACGCUUUGUCUCAGGGACCGCGCUGCUGCUUGUCCAUGCACACUGAAUAAAGGUGGUGGGUUGUUGGUUUGUUUUUUCA